ACCGAACUAACCUUAAUUUUUUUCCAUCCAUCAUGGCGACUCAACGAAGUGACGAAGUCGUUUGUGAACAGAAUGGCCAGCAAAGAAACAGCCGGGUUCAAAAUGGAACGGUAGAGAACAACGACCAACAGAACAAUCAGCCUCAACAGCAACAGCAGCAGCCACAACAAGAACAAGGAUCUAUGUGGAAAAGUCUCCUCAUUCGAAUGUUCAUCUUUUGGCUGAUUUCAAAGUUGUUUCGUGGUGGACAGCAACAGGGCACAAAUACGAACGUGAUCGCCUCUACAAACCUGUUUAAAACGGAUCAGAAAAUAGAACUGUGGGUUUUUUUGGGAGAAGAGCAACAUUUUACCGAUUUCAAUAACACUGAGAAACUUGUCUGGCACGAGAGAGAUCUUAAGUUUGGGAAUUGGACAGAUGGACCUCAAAAGGACGGUUCCCGUCUGUUUAGCACUAACAUCCAGGCAACUGAGAGGAUGCAAAGUAAUGGGUCCCUUUACAUUCAUGUUUAUGUAACAAAGGCUGGUAGGUCACCUGACCCUGUGCAUCCAAAGUUCAACAAGCUGGCUGUUGUAAAUAGAAGUUUGUUAUUGACAGUUUAUAGAAAAAGGCGUGUUCACAAGACAGUAAACUUGUUAACUGGUGUGGCUGAUGCCAAUCCUGAUAUAGUGCAAGCACCAGACAGUAAGAAGCCUGUUGAAAUCAUUUCAUAUUGGCAUCCAAACCUGACAAUCAAUCUAAUGGAUGAUCAGACACCUUGGGCAGAGGGCUCUGUGCCCCAGCCACUGGAUGAAUUUAUUGCUUUCGAAAACAUAACAGGAAAAUACUAUCCUGUUCUGUAUUUAAACAACUACUGGAAUCUGGCCUGUGACUACAUGCCAAUCAAUGAAACAACAAAAACCCUUGAGUUACAUUUGACCUACAAUCCUAUAUCACUGUUCAGAUGGCAAAUGUACGAGUCUCAGAGGAUGAGGCAAAAGUGGUUUUCAGUGUUGGGAGAUGAACCCGAACAGACUGAGGAAGAGCAGGAUUCUAUAAAGAGAGCUUUGGUGGAGACAAACCCCUACCUACUUGGUAUCACAAUGAUUGUAACAUUGGUUCACACUGUCUUUGAAUUUUUGGCUUUUAAGAAUGACAUCCAAUUCUGGCGAAGCCGUAAGACUUUGGAAGGCCUGUCCGUACGUUCCGUGUUUUUCAACGUAUUCCAGUCUGUGAUAGUUCUCUUGUAUGUUAUGGACAAUGAGACCAAUACUGUUGUGAUCAUUAGCUGUUUUGUGGGACUUCUGAUAGAAAUUUGGAAAAUUAACAAAGCCGUGGACGUAAAGAUGGCGUUCAAGUAUUUGUCAUGGGCGCUCUUUCCGUUGUUGGUGUGUUAUGCUGUAUAUUCAUUGUUGUAUGUGGAACACAAGGGUUGGUAUUCCUGGGUCCUCAGCAUGUUAUAUGGCUUCCUUUUGACCUUUGGAUUCAUUAUGAUGACCCCUCAGCUGUUUAUCAAUUAUAAACUAAAAUCUGUGGCUCACCUUCCGUGGCGUAUGAUGACGUACAAGGCUCUUAACACUUUUAUCGAUGAUCUUUUCGCUUUUGUCAUCAAAAUGCCAACUUUGUACCGCUUGGGAUGCUUCAGAGAUGAUAUAGUUUUCUUCAUCUACUUGUACCAGCGAUGGAUCUAUCCUAUCGACCCGAAACGUGUCAAUGAAUUUGGUCUAACUGGUGAACCUGUGGAUAAUACUGACACUGCAGACCCCAAUGAGGCAAGGCCUUCUGAAGAUGGCGCUGCAACAACUGGUGCUCAAGUCGUAUCGGAUAAAAAGAAUGAUUAAUUCCAUGAACUGUUUGCAAUUUUUUAGCAAAAUGGGGAAUUUAAACUUCAAAUUCAGCCAUUUGUAAUGAAGCAUUAUUUAUGUUCCAUUAUAGUAGUUCUGUUUUCCUUUAUGAUUCAUGUAUUUAUCCAGUGCAGUGACGUGACAAAAAAUUUAAACUCUUGCAUGAUCUUU